UUCCGGAGCCGGGACCCACGCGCAAGUUGUGGUUUCGUUGUAAUUUUACACUUCGAAAUAGUUGUCAGACAAUCAUGGUGACCAUAGAACAACUCUACAAAGAUUUUGGUGUUCUUGCAGAUGCUAAGGAUAAGGCAGGCGAGCACGAGAAAGAAUAUGAAUCCAUAUUAAGUGCCGUGAGUGGGGGACCAUCAGAGAAGAGGCUAGCAUCACAGUUCAUCGUCAGAUUCUUCAAGCACUUCCCAAAGCUGGAGCACACAGCUAUAAAUGCUUUAUUCGAUUUGUGUGAAGAUGACGAUGUCAUGAUCCGGAAACAAGCUAUCAAAGACCUGCCAACCAUAUGUAGAGUUGCCACAGAACAUGUACCGAAGAUUUCAGAGGCUCUAGCACAGCUACUACAGUGUGAUGAUGCCACAGAGCUCAGUCUGGUCCAGUCAUCUCUUGUCAGUCUUCUAAAAAUCAACACCAAAGGUACUUUACAAGGUUUAUUUACUCAAAUUAUGGGAGAAGAUGACACAGUGAGAGAGAAAGCCAUCAAAUUUCUGGGAGCCAAAAUAAAGGCUUUACCUGAAGAAAACUUGGACAAAGACACAGAAGAUUAUUUAGUUGCAGAGUGUAAAAAGGUGUUACAAGAUGUUACAAAGGAUGAGUUUAUUUGUAUGAUGGACAUCCUGAAGGCCCAGAAAUCCAUGAACACAGUACAGGGAAGACAACAAUUGGUAGAGAUAGUCACAGAACAGGCAGAAUUAGACCAGGAUUUUGUGGCUAAAGAACCAGACUGUGUUGACAAACUGAUGCACUGUAUUAAACAAGCUGUGCCACUGUUUUCAAAAAAUGUACAUUCAAAGGCUUUUGUUGGUUACAUUUGUGAUAAUGUAUUACCAUCAUUAGACGAACUUGCAAGUCCAGAGGAAGGAGUAGAUGCUCAGCUAGAAAUGUUGAAAUUGUUUUCAGAGAUUUCAGAAUUUACUGGGGAUCUGGAAAAUUUAGAAGACCGAGUGACAAAUGUAUACAACUGUUUAAUUAAUUACAUGCCUGUACCUCCAGCGGAAGAAAACGAUGGACUUUCAGUGAACGAACAACCAAAAUUCCAUUUCUCUUUUGUGGAGUGUUUAAUGUUUGCUUUCCAUCAAAUUGCAAGAAAAUUACCAGGCUUUCUAAUAGAUGAUGCUAAUGCUGAGAGAUUAAAGGAUUUCAAAUUAAGAUUACAGUAUUUUGCUCGAGGUGUACAGGUAUAUAUCAAACAACUACGACAAGCACUUCAGGGGAAGUCUGGUGAUGUGUUAAAAACUGACGAGAACAAAAUCAAGGUUGUAGCUCUCAAGAUCACCUCUAACAUCAACACAUUAAUUAAAGACUUGUUCCACAGCCCCCCAUCAUACAAGGCCAUAAUGACUCUCUCCUGGAAACCUCUAGUGAGACAGUCACCAGCGACGGCAACAGCUACAGACUCCAGUGCCACAGCCGCAGGGCAAAAGAGAAUCACCCCUAUCACAUUUGGCUCAGGAGACAAAUCUGCUAAAAAAAUAUCAAAACAAGACAGGUCGUUGUACUCACCGCCGAGUGGAAAGUUUAGUCAGAGGGCUGGAGCGUUUAAGGAAAUGACAGGAAACACACAGGGCUUUGGAGGACGUGGGCGUGGUCGAGGAGGGAGGCGAGGUCGGGGUGGAGGUUACAGACAGUACUGACGUGCCAUUCAAGGAAGUUAACCAUCAACAAGAAAAGGAUAUUGUGGGAUUUGGAAGCUAUGUUAUAUUUAUAUUUGUUUUCAUUUAUGUUCAUAAAACAUUGCUAGAAAGUAAGGUUAGUAUGAGUAAAUUAGAAUGGAUGUCUGAAUGAUGGCUAGUUUAUAGGUUCUUCCAGGGAAAGUUAAGUAUGGAAACUAGCCAUCAAAAGAAAUUUAGUUAUGGUAGAACAGUUCAAAAUUUAAAUGGACACAAGGUUUUUUUAUGAAAUGGAUUAAUGGAUUUCCAGAAAACUGGAUUUUUAAAGUAUAUAGAGACAGGAUAUAACUUCAUUUUACAGGUAAGUUGACUUGAUAUUUACUACUUUGAUCAUUUUUGGAAUUAAAUUACGUAUAUGUAUUAAUUAUAGAUAUUGAACUGGAUUUUUAUUUAUAUAAAGUAACUGUUUUUAACCAAGGUUUAAGACUGUAUGGAAUGAGACAUUGAGAGCACUGUAUGUAAAGGUGAGUUAUAUAAGACUGAAGUAGCUGUUAUGUCUUAAGGAUUGUACAUGUAAGUAUAUUAGGUUUGUCCUCUAUGUAAGUUUGUCAGUGGUUUUGACAUCAAAGUGUAAGGAUUGUUGGCAGCUAUUGAGCAAUUAUCAUUGACACAUAAAAGUGCUGCUGGCAUUUUUGUUCAUCCUAAUGGUACAAGCUUCCAAAUCCCACAUUUCUUGUCUGGUGGUUUCUGGCAGAUGUUUGUAUCCAGGAGCCAUUUUUACCACAGGCCAUAUCUGUGACGAGGGAACAAAGAUUGCUGAGGCUGCACUCUAACACUAUGAAAGGGGAAACAUCAUGUAUCUUGUUGGAAGCCUCUCCAUAUGGAAUUGUGAUACGAUGGAGCAUAUCCGUAGCUCUGUUAUAUUUCUCAAAAUACUUACAGACUAGUUAAAGAUUAUUCAUUACAUUUGUGUUUGUUUAUGGUAAAGAAUAUGGCUUUUACCAUAUUUUUAAGAUGAAGGAUAUGGAUGUCUCCAUAUUGUGGACACUUGUGAUGUACCACUGACUGAAGAUGAUUUCAAAUAACUCAUUGGUUUUGAGAAGAUGGAUGUCAAAUUUCCAUUUUCUUUCUUUUAUUAAGAAUUUAUAGAAUGUAUAUUUCCCUCAAGUGUAAGACAAAUCUGAUAUAACUAGAAUCUAGAGAUAUUGCGUAGGACUGUCACAAAAUGUUAAAGCUUUUGUUUUACAAGCAUAUCUCUUUACUGUCCAUUAAAUGAUACUUCAUUUUUUUCUCCAUGACUCCAUUUUCAAUGGAUUAUUAAUUUCUUUUUUUUUUCUUGCUUCUGACAAAAUUUUCAACUGAAUUUUAGUGGCACAUAUAUUAAUGGUUUGCUAUACAUAACUCAUAACAGCUUGAAAAGACAAUUUCAUGUGAUCAUUGUCAUGUUUUACACUGUACUGUCAUUGACUUGGUGUUUAUGGUAUACUAUAAUCGAACAGUUAGCAUAGCACUGUUUAAUUGAUAAUUCAUUCACAUUACAAUCCAUCAUAUGUCAUAUCACUGUAGGUUUGAAGGAUAGUUCUACAUGUAAAUGACAAGGUUUCAAAAACUAGUUCUCAUUUUCCUGCUGUAGCAGAGAUGACAUGUAUUUUGAAAAUAAAAGUGAUUUUUUAA